ACCUUAGCUGGUGCACUUAUGGGCUGUUCAAUUAUUUUUUUCUUCUUCUUGUUAUUAUGGAAGAUAGAAAAACUACUGAAUUAAUUCAAGUUGUGUAAUGUGCAUUGGGAAUAUAAUAAUCUCUCCUCACAGGCAAUUUCUUUUUUUUAAAUGAAGUAUUAUAUAAGAGUACAUAAACAAUAUGAACGUGUAAUACACCACCUGGCUGCUUUAAUUGGAACACUAGUAUAACUCCUCGUUUGUGCAAUUAUCCUGUAGCAGAAGCAUAAUGCAUAAAAUUAGGCAGCGACAGGUCAAUAUCUCUAGUUUAUUUUUACAUAAGAGUUCAUAAUAGGAAAAAAUCUCAGGGAUUUAAUGACAGACAAACUAUUUUUUAGAAUAUUUUAGAACCUGCUGAUAUCCUGAGAUGUUUACACAGUAGGAGGAAAAACAUUUUGUGAGUUAAACAACCAUGCCACAUCGCUGUCACUAAAAUCAGAUUAUUUUCUUAUUCUGAUUUUUCAUGUGAAAAUAUAUAUAUCUCUUGACCUGUAUCUACAUGAAUUUGUGUAUGGGACUCCUGCAAAAUGGUUGCUGAUUAUAUAAACCCAUGAAUAGUUAGGGGUACAAAUACUGACCACUGUUAUAUUGUCCAGAAGGUAUAUGUGUUAUGUCAUCAAUAUAUAGGGUAAAUAAUAAAAAAAAAAACCCUACAUAUUGCACAAAGGAGUAAAGAUAACAAAACACAGGUCAUAAGUAUGAUGCAAACUUGGUUUCCCCUUACAGUUGAUUCCAAAUAUUUCCUCAUAGAUUCCUGGCACUAUGGACAUGACAACAAACAUAUUUUAAAUCCUACAGCCCAGAUGAUGUACAUCAACAUAAAACCACAAUUAUAAACAUACAUAGCAUGAACUGAGGUGUUUAAAGUUCCAGGAUUAAAUGGGUGAAAUAUCAUUUCAGCUUGUAUUUGCAUUUUUCUUUGCUUUACAGAACGAAUGUUAGACCAUGUAGACUUCCUAUAAUACCAAAUUAUAUAUAUAAAAAAAUAUUAGCAUCUAAUUUCACAUUCAUUGCACCGAUAUGGUAUAUUGCAUUGAUGGUAGAAGAGUAAUAAUGCUUAUCCCAUGUUCAAGGGUUUUAUUGUACAUCACAAAUCUUUACAAAGUCUGACCUUUACAACAUUUUUGGUUUAGGUUUUAUUGAGGAUGUCAUGCCCCACCAUCUGGGAGGAGUGUGAUUGUACAGUUAAUUAUUGACACGUAUAAUUCUUUUUAUAUUUACUCUGAAAGGCUGCUAGGAGGAAGUGAAGCUUCAACUGGAUUUCAGGUACAGUGUUAAGUGUCCUAAUCACAAUUCAUACACUGACAUUGGACUGCUUACAGUGAGGGAUGUAGCUGGUGUGUUUGUCACGUUUCUUGGAAACAGGACAAAAGGGAACGGCUAAAAGCGAAGACAUGUACAGAGAUAAAAUGGUGUACACUGCAGAGUAAAAGGUAGGGUAUAAUGCCAUACCUGGCCCACACUGCCCAUGCCCAGUUUGCGGGGUUUUGUGUGGGUGCAGUUGGCUGGAUUCUUAUAAUUGUAGCCAUCGGCUUGGUGGAGUGGAGAGUGUGGGUGGUAUCCGACCUGUCCGUCAUCACCUCUGGUCUGGCUUGGGUGGGCAUCUGGAGGGUGUGCUUUUUCACCACCGUGCUUGUCACCUCUGAAUACCAGAUCAUGUACUGCCAGCGAAUGCAACUUACGGACCCUUAUACUCCUAAUGAGAUUGCUGCUGCUCAGGCACUCAUGCUGCUUGCCAUUAUCUUGGGAUGUUUUGGUAAUACCAGUGUCAUUUAUGGACUCAGAAACAUCUACUUUGGAGUUGAUGAGCUAAGAUCUAUUACAGUGGCUUUUUCCAUUGGUGGAGGACUUUUGUUACUUGCUGGUGUGACCUCGUUCAUUCCUCUUUUCUGGAAUUUAAAUGCUGUUGUGACUAACCAGACCAUUGACUUCCCAUCUAACUUCAACAUGCCCCCAGCUCCUGAUGAUCAGUAUGUUGGUCCGGGUAUCGCUGUUGGAAUUUUUGCAUCCAUCUUGGUGGUGUUGAGUGGAAUAGUGUUUCUAUCUUACAAGCUGCCAGCUGGACUGAGCUCCAAAAUCAAACCAUCUAGGACAAAGGAGAAUCACUGUGAACUGAGUGAAACCUGUAUGGCAGAACAUGUAAAAUCCGGACAAAUGACUGGGCAAGGCAGAAAAAGCUGCCUUGGUAUUGACAACUUGGCCUUUCAGUCCCAGAAGGAUGGAUGAAUGUAAUUUUAAAUUUUUAAAUGAUAAACUCAAAUAAUAAAUGUUUUGUAGUAUGAGAAUGCAUUGACAUGCUAGUAUUUUUAAAGGGUCAAAAUGUUUACAAGAAAAACAAUAUUAGAACAUUAAAGUGUGUUGCCUUUGAGGUAGGAUGAUAAUCAGGAAGUUAUUCAUAAACUUUCAAGUCUCUUGGGAUUUUACUGUUGAUGCCAUAUACACAAUCUAAGAUAAUAAUGUCUAAUAAAACUUAUGUUUUUAAAUGUAUUUUAGCACAUUGAUAAUAAAUGCAUAUUGGGACAUAUAUUUUCAUCUGUGGAUAAAAGAUAUGGAGAUUACAGAAAACCAUGACUUCUGUGUAGGUUUUUAUGUAUAAUUCUGUACAAAGUUAUACCACAUUUGUUUCGAAUAUUUGAUUCUGAUUGUUUAGAAGAUGUAAAUUUUUCAUAGCAGCACAGAUCGUUCCAGUCUAACAGUCAAUGAUAAAUCUAUAACUUCAAUAUAUACUGGAGCUGAUAUAGGACAGUAUUCGGGAUGGAGAGCUUUACACAUUGUAGAUUCUUUGUAAGCUGGCAAAUUGCUUUUUUUUUUCUUGUUAAAAAGAAAAAUCAUAGGAUGGUGAGGGAAUGAUUGCUUAUAAUUGCUACAAUGUAAGUGAUCCUUUUUGAAUGAACUACAAUUCACCUAACUAACUACAUUCUUUAAUAGAUGAAAAUGACAAAACUUAUUUGAUAUAACAGAAAUAAAUGCUUAAAACCAUGUAUUAUUCUUUGCUUUGCUAAAUUAGUUUGUUCAGAGACAUUGCCCUGGGACUAACUGAUGUAACCAGAUCCAGUAUUUUCAGUAGGGAGAAGAGAUAAAAUCCUUCUGAGUCAUGCUCAAAGUCUAAUGUUGGAUUGUUUUCUUUAUCUCUUUAUAACAAUGUUCCACAUAAACUGCUUAAUCCCUAGACAAUUCCCUUGUAACUUAUAGUAAUUACUACCACAUAAAUACACAUGCUGAAAUAAAAUGCUUCAGAAUGAAUAAGGAAAUAUAUAAAGGGUUAAAAUGGUAUAAGAAUUAUAUCUUAUAUUAUACAUUAUCUUUACUAAAUAUUAUCUGUUGACAAGCAUGUUGGGCAGGUGAAUGGUUUGU